GUCCUUCCUGGGGAAGAAAAAGGAUUCCCGUCCGGGUCGCAUUCCCUUUCCGACGGUGGCUGGCCGACGCAGCCCCAGGUCCAGAUUCCCGAACCAAACCCCCCCGAACUGGGUGUGGGGGAAGCAGCCAGACACCUCGGCCCGGGUUGCCGCUAAGACGUUUCGUGAUUGGUCACAACACGCGGGCGUUUCCCGUUUCGCCCUGCGCGUGGCGCACGCACGAUUGAGCCACGACGCACGCGGCCCGAGGUUUAGGGAGGCCGGCCAGCAAGCCGAUCCGAAACGUUGCGUUGCGUCCCGCACCUUUCCCGUUCUGGGGCACGCGUGCCAACGCCGGUGCGGUGAGGGGCUUGGACUUGGAGUCGAGUCGUCGUCGGCGGCGCGGAGAGCUGAUCGAAUUCCACGCACUAGCUUGCGGAGUUGCAGGUGGCCACUAACUAGCCAGCCUGCCGCGGGCGGCGGGCGCGGAGACAGACCAUGGGGAGCCCGAACCAACGACACGGCGGUGGCGGUGGCAGCGACGAGGAGGGCGACGCCGGAUCGUGGCGUCUGCGCAUGGACAGCGGAGGCUUCAGCGUCCCGGACCGGUUCCACCGCCAGCCGCCGCCCUUCUACGCCAGGAUCUUCGUCGGCGGCUCGCACGGAAAGCAGAGGAAGAUCGCAAAGUACUACAAGAAACAAGAAAAUCUACUCAAGGAUUUCAGCGAAAUGGAGACCAUGAACGAACUUGGUGGCUUAGAUCCGAAUGCUGCUCCUUCCGAGGAAGAGCAGAAGCAGUUGGCAAAGAGCGAGAGGUUUGCUAUUAACCUGUCCAACGUAAUCAAUCUGAUCCUCUUUGUCACAAAAGUCGUCGCUUCAAUCCAAAGUUUAUCCAUGGCGGUUAUAGCGUCGACGCUGGAUUCUCUAUUGGACCUCCUGUCAGGGUUCAUACUUUGGUAUACGGCGUACAAAAUGAAAAAGCCCAACAAGUACAACUAUCCAAUUGGAAAGAGGCGCAUGCAACCAGUGGGAAUAAUAGUUUUCGCAUCAGUAAUGGGCACACUUGGCUUCCAAGUGCUGAUCGAAUCAGGGCGCCAGCUCAUAACUCAGGAGCACGCGAAUUUCGAGCUCAAGCAAGAGCUCUGGAUGGUCGGCAGCAUGUCCUCUGUUGCGGUCGUGAAGUUCUUCCUCAUGCUCUACUGCCGAACCUUCAAGAACGAGAUCGUGAGGGCCUACGCCCAGGACCAUUUCUUCGACGUGAUCACAAACUCGGUCGGCCUGGUCGCGGCGCUGCUCGCCGUCCGGUACAAAUGGUGGAUGGACCCAGUUGGCGCCAUACUGAUCGCCUUGUACACGAUCACGACGUGGGCGCGGACGGUGCUGGAGAACGUGGGCACGCUGAUCGGCAAGUCGGCGCCGGCGGAGUACCUGACGAAGCUGACGUACCUGAUCUGGAACCACCACGAGGAGAUCCAGCACAUCGACACGGUGCGAGCCUACACCUUCGGCACGCACUACUUCGUGGAGGUGGACAUCGUGCUCCCGGGCGACAUGCCGCUCAGCCAGGCGCACGACAUCGGCGAGUCGCUGCAGGAGAAGCUGGAGCAGCUGCCCGAGGUCGAGCGCGCCUUCGUCCAUGUCGACUUCGAGUUCACGCACCGGCCCGAGCACAAGGCCGAGGUCUGAGUGCGUCGUCACUUCAGACUCCAGAGCUCAGACCAGCUGUAAUGCUGCUGCAGAUUUGAGUUCAUAUGUUUUUAGUUCGUAAGACGAAUGCAAACAUCAUUUCAUGAGCCCACAACUCUUUUUAUAUGGGCAUCUAGAUGUUUUUUUUUGUCGUGUGAUAGAUCGUUACUUUGUAUGUAGACUGUUAUUUUUCUUAUAUAUAAAGAAAAGAAAAAUCCAACUACA